GCGCCGCUUCCGGUCCCCCGCGCGGUAGCAAAUGAUUUCUCUCUCGAUGGGACCGGAGCCAGGCUUGCCCUGACCCUCCAGAGCCCACGAUCGCAGCGCAUCUGCCCAGAGCUCGCCAGCGCCAGCGUCCCGCACGCGCCCGGGACCAUGGCCACUGACUCGUGGGCUCUGGCGGUGGAUGAGCAGGAAGCAGCCGCCGAGUCGUUGAGCAACUUGCAUCUAAAGGAAGAAAAAAUCAGACCAGAUGCCAAUGGUGCUGUUGUCAAGACCAAUGCUAAUGAAGAAAAGACAGAUGAAGAAGAGAAAGAGGACAGAGCAGCCCAGUCUUUACUCAACAAGCUGAUCAGAAGCAACCUUGUCGAUAACACAAACCAAGUGGAAGUCCUGCAGCGGGACCCCAACUCCCCUCUCUACUCAGUGAAGUCUUUUGAAGAGCUCCGCCUAAAACCACAGCUUCUCCAGGGAGUCUAUGCUAUGGGUUUUAACCGUCCAUCUAAAAUACAAGAGAACGCACUGCCUUUGAUGCUUGCUGAACCCUCACAGAACUUAAUUGCCCAGUCUCAAUCUGGUACUGGCAAAACGGCUGCCUUUGUGUUGGCCAUGCUGAGCCAAGUAGAACCUGCAAACAGAUACCCCCAGUGUCUGUGCCUCUCUCCAACAUAUGAGCUUGCCCUUCAAACAGGAAAAGUGAUUGAACAGAUGGGUAAAUUCUACCCUGAACUGAAGUUAGCUUAUGCUGUUCGAGGCAAUAAAUUGGAAAGAGGUCAGAAGAUCAGUGAGCAGAUUGUCAUUGGCACCCCCGGGACAGUCCUGGACUGGUGCUCCAAGCUCAAGUUCAUUGACCCCAAGAAGAUCAAGGUAUUUGUGCUGGAUGAAGCCGAUGUGAUGAUAGCAACCCAGGGCCACCAGGAUCAGAGCAUCCGCAUCCAGAGGAUGCUGCCCAGGAAUUGCCAGAUGCUGCUUUUCUCUGCCACGUUUGAAGACUCUGUGUGGAAGUUUGCCCAGAAGGUAGUCCCAGACCCCAACAUCAUCAAACUGAAGCGCGAGGAGGAGACCCUGGACACCAUCAAGCAGUAUUAUGUCCUGUGCAGCAACAGGGACGAGAAGUUCCAGGCCUUGUGCAACCUCUAUGGGGCCAUCACCAUCGCACAAGCCAUGAUUUUCUGCCACACCCGCAAAACAGCUAGUUGGCUGGCAGCAGAGCUCUCAAAAGAAGGCCAUCAGGUGGCUCUGCUGAGUGGCGAGAUGAUGGUGGAACAGAGGGCAGCGGUGAUCGAGCGUUUCCGAAAGGGCAAAGAGAAGGUGCUGGUGACCACCAAUGUGUGCGCCCGAGGUAUCGAUGUGGAGCAGGUGUCUGUUGUCAUCAACUUUGAUCUCCCUGUGGACAAGGACGGGAACCCUGACAAUGAGACCUACCUGCACCGGAUCGGGCGCACUGGCCGCUUUGGCAAGAGGGGCCUGGCCGUGAACAUGGUGGACAGCAAGCACAGCAUGAGCAUCCUCAGCAGGAUCCAGGAGCAUUUCAAUAAGAAGAUAGAAAGACUAGACACGGAUGACCUGGAUGAGAUUGAGAAAAUAGCCAACUGAGAAGUGCCCCGGUCCCUGGUUCCGCCCUCGUCACCUCCCCAGGAGGGAUCCCAGUGCUCACACGGCCCCAGCCUUGACACUUCCCAGAGACGAAGGCGCAAGGAAGAAACUACCUACCUCAUUAAAUUAUGUUUGGACUUGACCAAAACUUGUAGAAAUGAUGGGAAAUGGUAGGUUAAUUGUUCAUACAACUUUGGAAGAUUAGGCGUGAAUACACAAAAUUUACUUUUUGGAAAUAUCGUCUUUUUUUGGCCAGCAUUUUCCUCACAAUAUGUUAAUCUAAAUCCUGUAGCUGAUUACUUGUCCAGGAUCCCUGCUGUCUUGGAGUGUGCAGGCCAGCUUUCAGAACAUGUGAAAGCUAUGUAGUAGAGGUGAAGAGGGAACAUGGGGAGGAGCCCCAGUACGAUGUUUGGAAGCCUAGUCAUUUUGUCUGGAGGAUGACAUGAGGUAACAGAGCAGCCCUGUGAGCUUCUGCUUUGGACUUGGCAUGGAGCAGAUAUGGCCAGAUGCUGUGUCCUAAGGCCCAUGCCAGGAAGCAAUUUGCUGUGAUGGACCAAAAUGCCAAUCUUAGACUUUUGUAUGCAGGUUUGUGUCUCAGGACUGUGACUUGUUCUUUUCAGCAGAUAUAAUCCACGUAGUGCACAUUAGUGGUGGGUCCUUGCCUUGUGCUUAAGCAAGUUCUAUGAAGUAGGCAUCUUGAGAAUCAGUAGUAACCCAAGCUUGCAACAAAACCUGUUUUCACAGGUCCUUGCAAUGUCCUUUUUAUAUUCCUCACAUCACCAUGACCCAUAGUAUCCUUAAGAAACUAGGUAGUGAUCUGAGAUUUGAAUUCUCAGUGAAAAUCAAGGGCUUGUUUCUAGUGGCUAGUCUUUUUUUUUUUUUUUUUUUUUUUUAAUCACUACCAGGCAUCGAACUCAUGACAGUACACUUGCAAGGCAGGCACUUACACUGCUGAGCUAAAUCUCGGCUAGUCUUAAGGCAACCCCAUAUAUGGUCAACAGUAGUCACAAAUUUUUGCUUUGCCUUCAGAUCCCACUAGACAGUUUUUGUCAGAGUUAGGGAAUGAUUACAGAUAUUUGGCAUCUUGACUGUAAAGGGAUUCUGAAUGUCUGUGUUUACAGUGCUUGGAACAUACACAGGGGCAUUUAGGGACUACUUAGAUGAACUGCAACCACUUACUAUCCAAGGCAAAAGUCAUCACCAGGUCCUUGGGUCUAUCCUUACUUGGCCUUUGUGUACAGAACAAAUAAUAGAAGUGGACGUUUCUCCAUAUGUGGCUAAAACCAUUGAUACCCCUAGAAUGACAGCACAGAGAUGAAACUGAUUUGCAAGAGUAGUCUGAAAUCAUAGCCCAAAGGGGUUCUCAGCUGUUUGGCCUUAACACAGAGGACCUGGAAGAGGAAUUUUAUGCUUUUCAUUUCUGGGGGUAUUUAUGUUUUUGUUUUUUGUUUUUGUUUGGUGGUACUGGGGAUGAAAUCAAAGGCCUUGCAGAUAGAGAGUACUCUACCACUGAGCUAUAUAUCUAGCCAUGGAAGAGGUUAUAAUGUGAUGAGAACUAUUUUCAUUUUAGAUCUUUCUCUUAGACAUUUCUUUGUUUUAAUAUCAGAUCACUUGGGAGGGGAUUUGACCAAUGUCAGCCUCCAGAUGGUUUCCUUAACUCGCAUUACGAAGAAGGAAAUUGCCAAACUACCACUGUUCCCCAUGGGUAUUUGACUAUGUAGUAUUUCCGGUCAACUUUGACCCGUCUCAGGAGUCUCAUAAGGACAAAAGGAAUUCAAUGCUUCCCUUGAAGUCCUGUGAACCAACCUUAAAAUAACUAAAAACAAGGCCAAUAGUUAGGCACAUAAAUGGCUGCGUAGGCGCAGACCAACUAUACUCCUCCUAGCGCACAUAAGCCAUGUACUGUUGUAGCCCUAAGUCUGAGAAGGCAAAUGAGUAGGAGUGUGUAGCAGACUGUUCAGUAGUAGAAGUAAGUAGGAUUCUGGUUGAGGUGUGUAUCAACAGUUCUUGAUCUGGGGUCUUAAAAACCUCUAAAAAGUCACUGGAUGAACUUCAUCUAUUAGAUACAUGCAUUGGUUUGAUAUUUUCUUGAUGAUGCUCCCAAAGGAUUAUGCAACGUGAAAGUCUAAUGUUGUGGAUACCUCUGGAAAGUCACCCCAGUGUCACUGUGAACCCUGUUCCCUCAGUGUGUACUCAUACCAGUGCCUGUCUCCUAGAGCUCAAUGGUCUAGUUGCUUCUGUGACCUUGUGCAGUCUAGAGACAUCAGUGAUAUAAAAAUACGUUGUUUUGGGGCUGGGGAUUUAGCUCAGCAGCAUAAGCGCCUUGCCUUACAAGCAGGCAGUUGUGAGUUCGAUCCCUGGUAUUGAUAAAAAGGAAAAAGGCAAAAAAAAUACGUUGUUUGCUGAGCUUUUGUCCAGAAAUUUUAAUCAAAUUCAUUCAUUUAUAUAUGUCCACAAAUGAUAAAUUGCACUCGAGAACAGAGAAGUAAACUCAGGAAAUAUUUGGUCCAGAGUGAAAAAUUCUGGAUGCCAUCAUUAUCCACAAACUUUAGGAUUUUAUUAGAUUUUUUUGAGUAUCAUUCAUUCUGUACAUAAGAACUAAUGAAUUGUUGAUGUAUUUUUUUUUUUUUUUACUGCUGUUAACUAUGAAGAAUUCAUGUUACUAAGACAUCAUUUCUAGCUAUGAGAAGGAAGUGCCAGCAUGGUUUUUGUUGCUGUUAUUAGUAAUAAGUUAAAAAUGAACAUGUUAGCCCUGUUUUACCCUUUUUUCUGCUGAUAAAUGAGUGGAUGUGAGCUCACCAUUCAGGAAGCUGAUGGCAGUCACAUACAAAAUCCUUUCAUUCUAGUCUCUUGAGUCUUACAGAAAAGAAUAGACAUGGGCUUUCUUCCUGUGUUGCUUACAAUCUCUUGCUCCUUAUUUUACACAUAGGCUAUUUCAUAUAACUUGCCAGUGAUUUUCAGAAAAUAAGUAUUUCUGAGGUUAGAGAAAGUUUCACUAGGGCUGGCGAUUAGCUCAGUGGCACAGCACCUGCCUGGCAAGUACAAGGUCAUGAGUUGAUCCCCAGUAUCAGGGAAAAAAAAGUUACAUGAAAGACUGGAAUUUACAAAUAACAGAAAAGCAGGAAUCUGAAUGACAAAAAAGUGCCCCAGGCAGCAGAAAAGUAUACUAAGAAUAAAGGACAUUCUCUAGGACAAAGGCAGCCUGGACAUGGGGGCAGAGGACAGUCUCAGAAAAUGAUGAUUGAUUUAAAUCAUUUGAUCACAAAUUAUAUGUUGAUCAUUGAUUGGAAUGUUUAAACUAUCUCAGUCCAUUUGUGCUCCUAUAACAAAAUACCUGUGACUGGGUAACUUAUGAAGAACAAAUUCUUAGUUCUAGAGACUGGGAAAUUAAGCAUUAGACUAAGGCUGAUGAUGUUUGGGAAGAGCUGCUGUCUGUAGCUAACUUGGUACUUGGCUGCUGCAUCCUCCAAAGGGGAGCACCAUAGUGUCCUUACCUGGCAGAAGGGAUGGAAGGCCAAGUGAACACUCCUCAGCCUUGGCCCCCUUUAUAAUGAUGCUUAUUCCAGUGCCAAGUCUGGUGGUGUAUACCUGUAUUCCCAGCUCUCAGGUGGCUGAAACAGGAGGAUCUUUGUGAGUUUGAGGCCAGUCUGGGCUUCAGAGUAAGUUCAGGCGAGCCUGGACUACACGAUAAGACCCUGUCUAAAAAUUAAGAAAGGCUGGGCAUAUAGCUCAGUGACAUAAGCACCUGCCUGGCAAGUACAAGGUCCUGAGUUUUGAUUCCCAGUACCAAAAAGUAAAAAUAAAGAAAAAUUUGUAAUUCCUUUUCACCCUCAUGGUUCAGUAACUUUUGCAAAAACCACAUUUCUUAGUACUUCAGUACUGUAGAUUAAAUGUCAAUGUGAAUUUUAGAGGAGUAUCAUUCAAACCAUGGCAAGUGACACUUGGAUUUAGUAAUUUUUCAUAGGUUCACAAAAAGGAAGUGAUAAAAUUAGUUUUGGGGGAAGACUGAUCUGGCAGAUGUUCAGAAUACUGGAUACACUGGAGGCAUGAAAGCCUGGAACUGAGAAAUAGGUUUCAUUGCAUUAGUCCUGUCAUGCAGCCAGUGCUGAAGUGUCAUUUGUUUUACUGAGAAUAUAGAAAAGAAUGCACAGAAGGAAUUGAGAAAGAAUAGGCUUUUACACAUCCUUGUUAUUCCCAAGAGGAUUUGUGGCUCUUUCUCUCCAGCACCCCCAACCCCACUACAAAAUUAGUUUCACUGUAUGCAAGAAUUCUGGGAAGAAGCCCACAAGGUGAGAAACAGUAGAAAGUAUGCAAACAGAUGACAUUAGGGUUGAAUCUCCUAUACCUUAGUGUGUAUGAUUUCAAGUCUGAUGUCCAUAAAAGGACCCCUAGGUAUGGUGGUACAUACCUAUAAUCCCAGCACUUGGGAGGCUUGAGGUAGGAGACCAACCUGGGCUACACAGUUGAGUUCAAGGACAGUCAACUAUAUAGCAAAAUUCUGUUUCAAAUAGAAAGGGACUGACGCCUCCUUUACCAACAAGCCCAAGGUACAGAUUUCAGGGGCCCUCCAGGUUUCUUGUGGGCUUGGACAGACAAUAGAUUCUUGGAAACCUGUUGCAUUUUUACAUGAAUUUGCUUUUCUGCUUGAGAAUAAAUAUUCCUUAUUUUGUUGCCUGA